UAUUUUCUGUCGGAGGGCUGUGAUGCGGCUCCCUCUCGCCUGUGCCAGGCCGCCAUCUUGAAUUUUAAUGUUAAUUUCCAGAGAAAAACAACAAUAAUGUGUUUGCUGUGAUAUUUCUUCCUGGGUCUUGUAACGGAUCUGGAACAGGACCGCUGUUUUGUUUCUCAACCCGUCAUAUUGUUUCUAUCCAGGUCGGUCUUCCCCACUCGAGCACCUUCAUCUGAGCGACUAAAUGAAACUGGAGCAGGGGGCUUGUGGGCAUGAAGUGGCUGGGCGAAUCCAAGAACAUGGUAUUAAAUGGCAGACGCCACGGGAGCAAGUUGACCAGCAGCGAACAACCGGUGAGCCAGACUCGCUCCCAGCAGCCRCAGCGGACGUCGCUGCGCCACAGCAGGAGCCACCCGCGCAGCCGCAGAUGCAGCCGCAGGUGUAAUGGCGCCAGCCUGGAGGCGGAGCGGCGCUACGUGCCGUCGUCAGGGAUGACCGCCAAGGAGCUGUGUGAGAACGACGACCUGACCACCAGCCUCAUCCUGGACCCCUACCUGGGCUUCCAGACACACAAGAUGAACACCAGAUUCCGGCCAAUCAAAGGACGGCAGGAGGAGCUGAAGGAAAUCAUCGAGCGCUUUAAGAAACACGACAACAUGGAGAAGGCCUACAAGGCGCUGACGACGGGAGACUGGUGCCGGAACCUGUUCCUGCACAAGUCCAAGGCUCAGGAGAAGCUCUUCAAGCAGCACGUGUUCGUCUACCUGCGGAUAUUCACGGCAGACAGCGGCUUCGAAAUUCUGCCCUGUAAUCGCUAUUCAUCGGAGCAGAACGGAGCCAAAAUCGUGGCUACGAAGGAAUGGAAGAGGAACGAUAAGAUCGAGUUCCUGGUGGGCUGCAUCGCCGAGCUGUCGGAGAGCGAGGAGAACAUGCUGCUGCGCCACGGAGAGAACGACUUCAGCGUCAUGUACUCCACCAGGAAGAACUGCGCCCAGCUGUGGCUCGGCCCGGCCGCCUUCAUCAACCACGACUGCCGGCCGAACUGUAAGUUUGUGUCGACGGGCCGAGACACGGCCUGCGUCAAGGUCCUGAGGGACAUCGAGCCCGGGGAGGAGAUCUCCUGUUACUAUGGAGACGGCUUCUUUGGGGAAAGCAAUGAGUUUUGUGAAUGUUAUACGUGUGAAAGACGGGGAACCGGUGCUUUCAAAUCCAAAGCUGGGCUGCCGGUUCCGGAGGUUCCGGUCAUCAACAGCAAGUACGGGCUGCGGGAGACGGACAAGCGGCUCAACCGGCUGAAGAAACUCGGAGAAGGGAACAGGAGCUCGGACAGCCACUCUGUGGGAUCCCACACCGACGUCGACUCUCAGGAAAUGCCAAAAACACAUCAAUCUGCCAGAACCAGAACUUCAUCUUCAUCGUCUUCAUCGCCGGGCCUGAAGUACCGGACCCGGACCCCGAGCAGACAGACUGUGUCCCGAGCCGUCUCUACCUCAUGUUCCAAACCGGCUCCAGGAAACAGCAGCAGGGAACCAAAGAGACUUCGCUCCCAGUCCAAGCCUCCCAGCAAGGUGCGGCUGCGCAGCCGCAGGCGGGCGGCGGCGGCCCGCGCAGACGCCGCCCCGCUGGGCCUUAGGGACUCCAAGGUGUUGCCGUGUAAGAGCGUCGUCACCGUGAAGAAGGAGAAGGACGGUCCGGAGGUGGCACCUCUUGGCCCGAGGGGCUGCCUGACCCGACAUGCCGCCAAAGAGAACGGCGGCCUUCCCGACGGUGGCCGCGGCUCCGCCUACAGGACUCGCAGGUCCACGCGGACCCUGAAGGCCCCGGAGCCCAUGCCAGGCGCCAAGCUGGAGCCCGGCGCCAUGGACGGGCUCAGCCCGGUACCGGGCGGCGUGGUCAUUAAAACGGAGCCGGCGGACAUGGACGAAUACCUGCAGCACGGCGGCGGCGUGACGCAGCCGUCGGUGCUAGGCAGCGGCUACGGCCGGAAGCGACCGUCCCGACUCCGGACUGAGCGGACCAUCAAAUGCGAAGGCUCCGACUGCGAGCCGUUUGCUGCGGGGCGGGAUGGCGGGAACGUGCUGCUGAGCUUCGCCGACAGACACCGGGACUACAACGGCGUGGCCAACGGCGGCAAAUCCCUCCGCCGCGAUAAGAGCAAGAGCGGCUGCCGCUCGCAGGACAAGGCCAAGAAGAAGCGGCGCAUCACGCGCUACGACGCGCAGCUAAUCCUAGAGAACAGCGGCGGCAUUCCGAAGCUGACGCUCCGCCGGCGGAGGGACAGCAGCAGCAGCAAGACGGCUGACGGCGCCGACGCCGUGGCCUCAUCCACGCUCAGCCCCACCUCCUCCAGCAAGAUCAGCAUCAAGUUCAGCAAGGAGCACGACAAGGACAAGGCCGGCUCCUACAUCGCCAAGCUCAAUAACGGCUUUGCGCCCGUCGUCCACGGCAACGCCACCAAGCUGAAGAUCCAGCUGAGGAAGGAGGACGACGCCCGGCGGCUCCAGGCCAACGGGGAAGCGGCCGGCGGCGCCCAUCGCACCCAGAAAGUCCUGGCCGACCCUUCCUCUGAAGAGGACGACGACGACGACGACGAUGAGGAGGAAGAGGAAGAGGAGGAGGAGGAGGAAGACGACGACUACUUCCACAACGACUUCGAGGACGACUUCAUUCCACUUCCUCCGGCGAAGCGUCUGCGGUUGAUCGUGGGGAAAGACUCCAUCGACAUCGAUAUCUCCUCCAGGAGGAGGGAGGAUCAGUCUCUGCGGCUCAACGCCUGAAGCUUCUGUAAAUAUCGCCGUCGCUGAUGGACAGGAAGUGACGUGGGACUCGGAUCAUCACGGAGCGGACCCGGGUGCUGUUGACCUGCGGCAAAGCUCUGCUCUCCGCUGAACUUCCAGUCGGACCGGAUCCGGUCCAGGAUCCGGCCGAGUCUCCAGUGGAAACGGGCUUUGUUUUGAGUUGUACUGUUCCUUUAAGAGAAUGCACUUGUUGUUUCAUCAUGGACGUGUAGAAAGUGUACAGAUCAUGGCUUCUGUCUCCAGGCAGGUUUUUACUCUGUGUCUGCGCUCAGAGCCGUUUAUCCAGAGGCAUUAGAGCCGCUCCGCCGCCAGGUCCGCUUCCGGUUCUGCUGCCGGCUUUGCCGGGCGUCCACCAAUCGGCAGCCAGAACACCACAGCCAAUCAUGUUCCUGAAUGAAUCACAGCUUUAGGGCGGGCUGAGUCCAAACAGCUGCUGAUUCUUCCUGAUUUCUGGAAUACCGUCAUAAAAAAACCGUCCGGAUCUUCAGGAAAACGUCACAAUAAGCUAAUAUAAAAAAAAUAAAACGAUAUGGAGUCAGUUUCCCAAAAAGCUGCCCUGUCCCUUUAAGAGGAGCAGAAUGGAUUCUAAUGGCUUCCACCUGGAARAAUGCGAUUUUCCAGAUAAAAAUGGAAACAGCGUAUCAUCUUCAUUUUUCCAUUUUUCUGGAUAAUUUUUCCAAACCGAUCAGGAAUCUGGGUUUCAGUUUUCAUUUUUAAAACUGAUGGUUGAAGUUCAGAUCCGAUAUCCUGACAUACCGUAUGGACCAGAAAGCACCUCAGGCUUUUCCAAACUCACAUUCCCAAAUCUUUCCUUCUUUUUUACUUCCAAGUUGAAAUGUUUAUUCCGGAACAGAUCCUGUUCCCUCUGGAUCAGCUUCAUCGCAAAUCUGUUGUUUCCAGAGAAGUUUCUGGAAACACAAAUGUUUUCCAUAUUUAUUUACAACAGUUUUCUUUUUCUUGGAAAAUCGAGUCAAAGUGAUUCUAAAACUGGGAAAACAAAUCCUGGAAUUGUGAGUUUGGAAAACUCUGGAACGGUAAAUGUGGAUUCCUGGUUUGAAUCAAUGAACAUUUGGACCCAACCAGGAUAAACUCGACCUGAUUCUGCCUUGUGGUUCUGAUUUCCAAACGGUAUUCCAGAUGAUUUUUAAUCCCAGAUUGGGAAUCGGAUUCCGGCCCGGUUCCCUGACCCAGAAUCUGAUGGUAUUCCCUGCAGGAAAGCUGCUCAACUCUGCAGCCUUUCAGAAUUCAAGCACAGGCCUCCUCUUCCUCCUCGCGUCACAGCAGAACCGGAACCAGAACUUGGCAGCAGAAUCCGGCUGGGCUGACGCUCCGACCUGAAGCUGAUGUACAGAUGGACCUCUGACCUCUUCCCCCCCAGCUGAGUUUUCCCGCUCCUCUCCCAGUUUCCCAUGAUUCCCGGCGUCGCUGACACUACAGCCUGUCUCUUCUUCUGUGGUGCUACUCAGACUUCCUGUCCGGAGUCGCAGGAGGACGGCGGCAGGAAGUAUUUGUUUGUUUACAGGAAGUUGUCUUCAGCUUCUGUGAGGAAGACCUCAUCCUCCUCUUCCUCCUCUGAGGUUAGCUCAGAGAUCCCUGAUUGGUUGUCGCCGCCUUCCUCCUCCGGCUGUCUGAGCGGGAUCAGCUGGGAAUGUCGACCCGUUUCUGUGUUACCGUUCACAUCACCAGCAGCCAAUCAGCGUCUUGUCCCGCCCCCGUUGGCCAAUCGGCCGUCUCCCUCCUCUCUCACUGUAAACUCUUCCAGGUGCGGCCGCCAGCUUCCAGCGGCCUGAGGCGGAGGGCGGAGCGUUGCCGAGCACUAGCAGAACUAAAGCAGGCAGAUAUUGUCCAAUAUGUAAAUCAUGUGAACACAUCUUGUACUUAUUUAACAGUUUUGAAUACUUGAAAACUAUAUAAAGUUUCUUUGUGACUCUUG